UUGACGUGAUUGCAGGGAUCUUUACGCGGAUGGAGGUGUAGAACAAUUGACAAUAAACACAUAUCGUAUGCCUCCGACAAAGUAAAAGCGUUUUGUGCAGCGGUUUCAGUUACCAGAAUAUCAAUGAUACGGUUUUCUCCAGAAGGCGUCGUUUGAAGCUUUGAAAUCGCUGACAGCUGUUUUGACCCGGAGAAAUGGAGCACAUCCGAACGCCAAAGGUGGAGCAGGUGCGGCUUUUGGAUCGUUUCAGCAACAAAUCCACAAAUGGUACACUGUACCUCACAGCCACACAUCUCAUCUUUGUGGAGAACAGCUCUAACAACUCAACCUCCGCAGGGCAGGAGAUCUGGAUUCUGCAUCACCACAUAGCGUCUCUCGAGAAGCUCUCCCUGACCACCACAGGCUGUCCUCUGGUCAUCCAGUGUCGUAACUUCAGAGUGGUUCACUUCGUGGUUCCGAGAGAAAGAGACUGCCACGACAUCUACAGCUCACUCCUGCGUCUUCUACGGCCUGUUUCCUAUGAGGAGCUCUACGCUUUCUCCUACAACCCCAAACAGAACGACCAACAGAGAGAAGAAGGAUGGCAGCUCAUCGACCUGGGGGCAGAGUUUGAGAGGAUGGGCGUCCCCUGCGACCAAUGGCAGCUCACUGACGUCAACAGAGACUACAAGGUGUGUGAGACAUAUCCACGGGACCUGUACGUUCCCAUCACAGCCAGUAAGCCUAUCAUCGUGGGGAGUUCAAAGUUCAGAAGCAAAGGACGUUUUCCUGUACUCACAUACUUCUACCAGGAGAAAAAGGCAGCAGUGUGUCGAUGCAGUCAGCCUCUGUCUGGAUUCAGCGCACGAUGCUUAGAGGAUGAGAGCAUGCUGCAGGCCAUCAGCAAAGCCAAUCACAACAGCCGAUUUGUCUAUGUCAUGGAUACUAGGCCAAAGUUGAAUGCACUAGCUAACCGAGCAGCAGGUAAAGGCUAUGAAAACGAAGACAACUACUCCAACAUCCGCUUCCAGUUUGUCGGCAUCGAAAACAUCCAUGUAAUGAGGACCAGCCUUCAGAAACUGCUAGAAGUGAUUGGGACUCGGUCUCUUUCCAUGAGUGACUAUUUGGUUGGCCUGGAGAGUUGUGGCUGGCUGCGGCAUAUCAAGGCUAUUGUAGAUGCAGCUAUAUUUCUCACCAAGGCGGUGACAGUGGAGGGAGCCAGCGUGUUGGUUCAUUGUUCAGAUGGAUGGGACAGAACGGCCCAGGUCUGCUCCCUGGGGGCAUUGCUCAUGGACCCUUAUUACCGUACCAUCAAGGGCUUCAUGGUACUGAUUGAGAAAGACUGGAUCUCCUUUGGUCACAAGUUUGCUGACAGGUGUGACCAGCUGGAUGGGGACUCAAAGGAGGUGUCUCCUAUUUUCACUCAGUUCCUGGAGUGUGUCUGGCAGCUGACGGAGCAGUUCCCACAGGCGUUUGAGUUCAGUGAGUGGUUCCUGCUGCAGAUCCAUGAACAUGUCCACUCCUGUCAAUAUGGAAACUUCCUCGGCAACAAUCAGAGACAGAGAGAGGAGUUGCAGCUCAGAGAGCGGACACACUCACUGUGGGCAUAUCUAAUGAGCGAAAAAGACAACUACUUGAAUCCAUUCUACAGCCCCGCAUACUCUGAAUCACACCCUGUAUUGGAGCCCUCCACCCUGCCUUACCAUUUCAAGUUCUGGAGGAACAUGUACCACCAGUUUGAUCGGUCCAUGCACCCACGUCAGUCUAUCCUCAAAACCAUUCUGACUCUGAGAGAGAACAGCCGCAAGGCAGAGAGCACAUUGCAAGCACUUGAGAGUAAGCUCCAACAGCUCGGUGUGACCCCCAUCGCAACAUCCGAUCCCCCUGCACCUCCUCCCACCAGAGACCAGCGCUCCAACUCGAACGCGCUCCCGCCACGUCCCGACUCCCUCAUCCUGGGGGCGCCCAUCAACCACAAAGAAGUGCAGCGGCAGGUGGAGGACGACGAGCAGGAGGAGGUGGGCGAGGAGGCCACGGAGAGCACCGACACGGAGCGGACAGUAGAGGGCAGCAGCGGCACUGAGAGCAGGAAGCAGAGCUACGGGGAGCUGGAAGGGACAUACAACACUGAGCUAGCUAAAGAAGAGCCGGCUGUUGUCAGUCUGGAGUUCGGAGUGGCACGCAUGACCUGCUGAGUCCAAACAGGGGUAUUGUGGGAUACUGAGGGACAGGCGUGACUGAAAGAGAAGACUGAAAGCGUGUGCAUGUCAGAGGAAAGCUGGUGUUCUGUAUGUGGUCAAGUGCUCAUUACAAAGUGGUCCUGAAUGGGCCGAGUGGAUGAAGUUGUAUGUCUGUAUAGUUUAAAUCUCUAUGGCAAGCCUCAUUAUUAUGUCAUAUAUUGCACAUAUAGAAAAAAGGCUCGUUUUUUUAUGAAUGUUGAAAAGCACUAUAGGGAGGUAAUGAAUAGAAAAAGAGAAUAAACUCAUCCAAAAAAAUUGUGAGUCUUCUAGUUUGUCCAGUUUAUAAUCCAUAUUGAAAAUGUGUUCCCUUAAUAUUGCUAACAAAUGGCCACAUUUUCAAUAUGAAAACACACACAAAUCACAUUUUUUGGCACCAGAAAUAUUUAAUUUCAUCCAAAGGCUUGAGUCCAAUCUAAUCUGAAUGUUGCUUGUGACCUGAGCUGAUUUUACUCCAGCAGAUUGCGAAAGGAAAAAAAAAAAAACACAUCACAUUCUACAUCAUUAAAGAUAAUCUAGCACUGGAAAUUAUGUUGAGCCAAAAUUUGGCUGCACCACUAACUGCGUCUAACUAAAUGCAGUAGUGAGAGGCCGUCACUUUAACCACUAAUGUGACAACAGAUCAGGUGCAGCUGUCAACUGCCACCCUCAUUGAUCAUAUAAUCCUAUUUUACCUCUCCCAUUGAUCAGAUAAUCUGACAUCCUAAUGUGCAUUGAUCCCAAAAUCCUAUUGGUCUCCUCUGUCUGCCAUGUCCAGUGACUUAUGAUUUAUGACAGCUGACUGGGAUCAGGGGUCACUGUCACACAUACACUGAGGACAGACAAGGUCAACAAGUCUGCUCGUGUCUGCAAGUCUUGUCGGUUGUAAGACCUGACUGCUGGACUUUUUCAAUAAAGAGAAUUUUAAAGAAAAAUGUUUUUAAAAAUUGCCACAAAUGAUCCAUGCUUUUUCUUUAAGUCUCCUUUAGAUUCUGUUCACAUCAGGUCAAUCAGACUGUAUAUGCCAAAGCUGGAUGUUGAAAUACUUUGCAAAAAGUAUUUAGAUUAAUAUUGCUGUCAUCACACACCCAUAUUUUAACUGGGUUAGGUUUACUGCCCUGGGGAUGUAGCGUAGGAAUUUAGGCCAGAGGUUCACAUUUAUUUUUGAGCCAGACUGUGUGUUUUGGCUCAGCUUAUCUGUUGAAACCAUAAUAAUUCUGUGUUAAUACCAGACUAAGGUUGUAAAUUUGCUUCAUAUCAAAGCUCAGAUUUGGAUUUGAUUUACUGUAAAAGCAUGUAUUUCCCUCACUGAGUUUGGUGCAGACAGGCAAGAUGUUAAACCUGCGUAUUUGUCUGCAAUGCAAAAUCACCACCAUUUGCAUAGAUUUUGUUUACAGUGUGUUUUCCAUGCUCUCAGGCCCACAAUUAUACCACCCUAAACUGUUCAUUCUGCUGUGUUAUAUCCAGCCUGUGUGCUAUUUAAUACUUUGUGGAAUUUGUGCUUACAGUUUUUGCAGUGAACUUGCUCCAUCAACUCCACUCUCUUCACCAGUUCCGCAUACUGUAGGGAUAAAUGGGGUUUUGUACUUUGCACACACACACACACACACCACACACACACAAGCACAUUCACACAGCCAUCAGACAAACUGACCACUGGCCCCAGACAAAUCAGUGCCUGUGAGUAAAUAAACAUAUCAUUAUUCAGCUAUAACAGCUGCAGUAGAGAUUGCCUGGCACUGCAAUGUGAUGUAUAUACCCCCUUUUCCUAGUCUUUAAAUGAAGAGAAAAAAGACUGGUUAUAACUGGUGCCAAGA